UUCUUUGAGAGCGAGGCAUGGAGAGGCAUAUGGAGGUUAAGAAGACAGGAAGUAAUUAGGUUGAUAACACUGGGUUGAUAAUUUGCCCUAAAUUAUCGACAUGUAAAUCUAAGUAAAAGAAGAAGACAAUGUCUUGAUAGUAGCAGUGACUAUCAGUAAAGAGAGUUAGAUCUAAAGAUAUGGCUAAAAUUCAUCAAGGAUCUGCAAUACUCUUGUGUUAUUUGUUGCUGCGUGUAACACAAGGUAAUGGUCAGUUGGACACACGGUGUCCUCAGGGCCAGGCUUAUGAAAGUGGUGCUAGAACUUGUAUGGACUGUUCUUACCUGUGUUACUGGGCUGCCAAGGAUCCAGUAUCAGCAAAAUUAUGCCAAAGUGACAGUUGUGCAGAACAAAAGCCCCCUCCCAAGCCCAAAAUCCCAGAGGGGGAAAUGUAUGUCAAAAUGCCUGUGUGGAGCAUAGUCAUCAUAGUACUGGGGGUACUGGCCUUUUGUGUUAUAAGUGUGGUCAUCACAGUGGUUGUACUUGCCAAAAAAAGAUAUCUCUUUGUCAAAGGUGGAAAAGGCAAACAGGUUGAAGAAGAUGUUACUGGAGAACUAGUCCCAAAUGGUUCUUCAGAGGAAAGUUUCUAAGCAACGCAACUAAAUGAAGUUGUUAAGAAAAUCAUGCAUAAUUCCAUGGUUAAUCACUGGACUAUUUGUAACUUACGUAUCAACUAUGAUAAAAAUACUUUGUUGAAAGUUUGGUUUAAAAUCUUUUUAGCCCAUACUUUUUUCAUUAUAUUCUUAGCAUUAUGCGUAAAGGUAAUCUUAUAUUAAUUAAAAGGAGUCAUGAAACAAAUAGAGCUCCUCAUUAAGACUAAGUCUUCAAGUGAGCACAUCUGACAAAAUCAAGUUUUGAAAUUUAUUAUCAUCAAAUAUAUGUGCUGGCCCCACUUUCACACACACACACAAAAAUUAAAUCACUUCACUGGCUUAAUUAGUUCAUUAUAGGAUUUCCAUGAGAGUGCUGUAACACUGUUCCUGAUAGGGUAAGGUGUGUGCAUGUGACCAUGUACAGUUGGUAGCCAAGUUUUUAGCCACGGAAGCCGACAUAAUAUUUUUUUUGUGUGUGUGUGAAACAGUGACCUGAAGAGCUGUAAUUGGUAUACAUAAAGGCAUUACUUUAAAAAAUUUACAUUUUAAAUGAGCUAAGAGCCUUAGAAUUUUUUCUUUUUUUGCUUAUAUGCAUGGGUCAGAUUUUUAAAGUGGUUUGUGAGGUUUCCUGCUUUUCAAGUCUUAGGCUGUAUUCCCAGAGCUUUUAGAUCGAUCUAUCCCUGUGGGGAGUCUCACAAGACUACUGUCAGAUAAU